AUUAAAUACUAUUUUAUAUUGUAGAAAUAAAUAUCUUACAAGUUACAAUUUAUUUGAUAACUGUACAGUAUCAUCGUAUUUGUAUACAGCAUAUCUCAAAAAGUUGGUGCCAAACUGUAGAGGUAUAUACUACUCGUUAAAAUAAGUAAAAAUGCCUUGAUAGAUAGCAUUAGUCCGAACAGCAUUGGUGUCGUUGUUAUAAGAUACUUUGUAUAACGUACGAAGCUACUCUGUGUAUCUGUUUAUAACUUAUGAAGAAGGUCGUGUUAGAUCAAGUAAAUACAGUAUGCAUUGAUAUUGCAUAAAAUCUUUGAAUGUGUGCGCGCAUCUAUGACAAAAUGUGUUGAAGCAUGUAUUUAAAUAAAGGAAGGUCAUAUGGAACAUUUACUGCAGUAGAUUGGUGUACAGAGAGAUUCAUGGCGUAUCGUCACUGUUCACGCGUGGUGAAUUAUUACGUGGAGUAUACAAAAAAUCACAACAAAUGGCUUUGGACUUAAGGGAAGGUCUCCUACUAGGUUUGGGUAAUCCUCUUCUUGACAUUUCAGCAACUGUAGAUAGUGAUUUUUUAAACAAAUAUGAUUUAAUCUCAAACAAUGCAAUUCUUGCUCAAGAAAAACACAAGCCCAUGUAUGAUGAAUUAAUCGAACACUAUAAAGCAGAUUUUAUCGCAGGUGGUUCUGUACAAAAUACGAUGCGAGUAGCACAAUGGUUCCUGAAAAAACCAAGAGUUGCAACUUAUAUGGGUUGUGUUGGAAUGGACAAGUAUUCAAAAAUUUUGGAAGAUAAAGCACGUGCAGAUGGCUUAAAUGUUCGAUAUCAAUAUACAAACCAAGAACCCACUGGUACCUGUGCAGUUCUUAUUACUGGAAAUGAACGUUCCUUAUGUGCUAAUUUGGCUGCAGCUACUUGUUUUUCACGUUCACAUAUUGAAGAACCUGAAAACAAAGAUCUUAUAGAAAUUGCAGAAUAUAUUUAUAUUUCUGGAUUUUUCUUAACUGUAAGUCCAGAAACAAUUCAGGCAAUUGCUCAACAUGCUUUUGAAAAGAAUAAAAUGUUUAUGAUGAAUCUUAGUGCACCUUUUUUAUGUGAACAUUACAAAAAACCAAUGUUGGCAGCUCUUCCAUAUGUAGAUAUUUUAUUUGGCAAUGAAACAGAAGCUGAAACAUUUGCAAAAGAAAAUGAUUUUCAAAUUACAAGUAGAAAAGAAAUUGUAUUAAAGUUAUCACAAAUAGAAAAAAUGAAUAGAAAAAGACAAAGAAUUGUUAUAAUAACACAAGGUUCUAAAAACAUAUUAGUAGCUAAAGAUAAUACCAUAAUUGAGUUUCCUGCUAUGAAACUCCCAGAAGAGAAAAUUGUUGAUACUAAUGGUGCAGGUGAUGCAUUCGUGGGAGGUUUUUUAGCUCAACUUGUACAAGGUAGAAGCAUAGAAGUUUGUAUAAAAUGUGGAAUUUGGGCUGCGGCUCAAAUCGUACAAAGAUCGGGAUGUACUUACGAAGGAAAACCUACUUUUAGUCCUUGAAGAUGCUUAAGUCAUUUAGUAAUUGUAAACUUUGUACUUAAUAAAU